AUGGAUUGCAAAGCUUGCAUUUCUCCUAUCUCUGUCAAGCCUGAUCUACCUGCAAAUUCAGAUAAGCCCUUUGUCAAUCGAUCUGUCUAUAGAAGCAUAGUUGGAGCCUUACAGUAUUUGACAAUUACCAGACCUGAUAUCUCAUUUGUUGUGAAUCAAUUGUGUCAACAUAUGCAUAAUCCCACUGUUGGUCACUAUGCUGGUGUAAAAAGGUUGCUCAAGUUCAUUAAGGGCACUAUUUUUCAUGGUCUUACCUAUACCCCUAGCUCAUUUGAUCUUCAUGCUUAUUUAGAUUCUAAUUAG